GUGUGCGCGCUGUGCCCGUCAGACGGCGCCGUGGAGCGGCUGGAGGCUAAAGAAGCUAAAAUGCGAACUAGUUACAUUUUCCAACAAGUAGCUCGCGCGCUAAGCUAAAUACGGGAUUACAGAUGUGCAUAUCGUCGAAUUAUGGUGGUUAGAAAGCUGAAAGAGGCCGUAUAAUGGACGUUUUAAACAAACUGACGACUCUCUUCCAGCAGGCCCUGGAAACAAGGGAGCCGUCAAUCAAUCUGCUUGACUCUUUCAUAGAUCACUGGAAAGGAAUAACCAACUACUACAUAGAAACUACAGAUGAAUCUAGACCAGUGAAACAGACCGACAUCCCAUGGAGGCUGAAACAGAUGCUGGAUAUCCUGGUGUAUGAGGAGAAGCAGCAGGAAGUGGAGGAGACUGGGGCCUGCAUGGAGUACCUGCUUCAACAUAAAAUAUUAGAGACACUCUGCACACUGGGAAAGGCUCAGUAUCCUCCUGGUAUGAGCCAGCAGGUCUUGGUGUUCUUCUCUAAGGUCCUGGCACAAAUCCAGAAGCCAGUGCUCCAUCUAAUUAAUGUGCAUCGACCGAUACAGAAACUUAUUCGUCUGUGUGGACUCCCCAACUCCAACACAGAAAAAGAGGAGGCACAAUUUAUGUUUUUUGUUUGUUCUAGAGUAAAAAAAGAUCCAUAUGUCCUCAAUUACAUCUUAGAGACUGCCAAGGAUGGCAAUCCCCAAAGAUCCAGCUCUGUCUCAGAGGACAGUACAGAGGAGAGUUUCAGUGAAGUGUCCAGUCCAGCCAGUUCACCCUCUCCAUCCACUCCCUCAUCACCUCCACAAAACACGUCUCAGCCAGACAUCAUCGAUGUCCUCACACAGCUGAUGAAGAGCCAGAAAAGUCGUGUUGCUCUGCGGGCAAUGGAGAGUGUGAUGCUUCUGACCAGUAUCGCUCAGGAGGAUACGGCCAAGCUGCUGGCAGAGGAAACUCCACUGUGUGCCCUUUUGUCACAGAGACUGUGUGAACUUUACUGCACCAUCCCCACCACACUCCACCCUGCAGACCUGCACAGCUACCCCCUUAAAAAAUGGAAGACUCCAUCUGCUCCAGACUGUUCUGCUACAGAGGAGAGCCCUUCAAGCUCUGCUCAGGAACACAUAGACAACUUCUUCUCCUGGCUAGACUACUGUGAUGAAAUCAUUAAAGAAGCACCAAUGGUGUUUGCUGUUACACUUGCCAAAGCUAUUCACCAGCAGUGGCUUACAGGAAUUGUUCAGCCUCAGCUGCUACAGAUGUCAGAGGCUGGGGUCCUGGUCCACACUGCUUUGCUGUCAUGCACUGUGCGUCACAUACACUCAUCGGCCUUGCUGCAGGAGCUGGUGCACUUUUUGCUGGGCAACGACACACACCAUGAGCAGCAGACAGACACACCCCCUCACACACACUUACUACGCUACCAUCUCAUCGAACACUGUGACCACAUCUCAGACGAGAUUAGCAUCACUACCUUACGGAUGUUUGAGGAGCUCUUGAAGAGGCCAGACAGAAACAUCCUAAACAGUCUGGUACUGAGGAACCUGGAGGGCCGCAGCUACAGGCUUCCAGGAUCAGGGGAGGACAGACCUGGUGCAGAGUGUGAUGCCUUGGAAGAGUCUGAUGAGCUGGAAGAGGAUCCUUUCUUCACAGACAGUGAGUUCAGUGGCUCUGAGUCUCUGCUAUCUCUGUCCAGGGAUGAGAGGAGGUCCAGUACUCGCACACAGAUUGCAGAAACUGUUAACAGCUUUCUUUGCUUAGUACCUCAAGAAGCAAAAACAACUCAACAUGUGCAAGGAGCAGGAUAUGACACAUAUGUCCACGAUGCUCUUAAAUCACUAAAAGAAUGCACAGCUGUGUCUCUGGAGUGGGGCUGGCCAGAUAAUCCCAAACCUAUUGAUGCCCAUUCCUCCAGUGUACACUUUUAUGAAGGCCACUUUCUCAAAGUACUGUUUGACAGGGCAUCACGCAUACUAGAGCAGCCGUAUGAGCUGAACCUGCAGGUGACGUCUGUGUUGUCCAGGCUGGCGGUGUUCCCUCACCCUCAUCUCCAUGAGUACCUGCUGGACCCCUACAUCAACCUGAGCCCUGGAGCCCGCUCGCUGUUCUCAACCCUUGUUAGAGUGAUAGGAGAGCUGAUGCAGAGGAUCCAGCACAUCCCAAACUUCACACAGAGACUCAUCCUGGUUAGGAAACAACUGAUGGGCCUGGAGGAGGAGACCUUGGUCGAUCAUGCAACCCUGUUAAAAGGAGUGAUUGUACUAGAAGAGUUCUGUAAGGAGCUUGCAGCCAUCGCUUUCGUAAAACUCCCCAUGGGUGAUCAGGAACACCUUGCUGCCUUCAGCCCUUAAAUAAGGACAGUACUGAACUCUUAUAGUCAUCUCUCUAAAGGACUGAAUCAGUUGAGCAGUCAUCUCAGUCUGUUUGCACAGAUUAAGGUGAGACUGACACUGCUAGGCAGGGUACAGUACUGCCGUGACUUUCUGAAAAUACUGAGGUACGGUAAGUAUAAAAUUGGCCAUGUUGUUGGUCACAUGUUUGAUGAGAGAGUUAAUUUCUUCAUUGGCCUUGACUCCUAAAAAAAAGAUAAUCAUGCUAUGAAUAAAUGAGCACCCACUAAUUAGCAUCAUGCCAGCGGCAUUUUCAUGCUAAUUGUGAGCUGUUAGCCACAUUAGCGUGUUUGAUUACCAGUAAUCUAUUCAUUUAAAAUAUCACAAGGCUGCAUGCUACUAUAGAGCAGUAAAUAUUGAUUGCCAUCAGCCAUGUGCAGCCAUGAGUGUGGUGAAUGGAGAAUGCCAGUUUUCAGACCUGGGGUCUUCACAGAGCUGCUUAUUGCCCAAGAAUGUACUGGUCAAUAAGCUGGUAGUCUCAUUAAAUGAAAUAUUUUACUUUUUGAUUGACUGGUUAGUCUAGAAAAAUGCCUUUAUGUCUUUGGCAUGAGAUAUAAUGGAUGGCAUGUCCUUAGUCUUAAUUAAAAGCAGGGUGCUCAAAUGUGAAUGAUAGAACUUUUUAGUAGGUACUGUUUACCUACAGCAACACAUAAAACUAAACUAGAUUUGUAAUUUUCACAAGAAUCAAAUGAAUCAACACAUUUUUGCUUUUUAAAUACUUUACUGGGUGAAAAUGGGGAUGUAAUAUAUAUUUUACUUCUUACGUGGAAAUGAUGCACAAGUACAAAACAAGUGCAAUUUACUAGAAUUUAAUUUAUUGGCGACUAAACUGUACAGUGCUGCUGCCCCUUCCUGGCCUUGAGAACUGUGAACAGGGCUCUAAAAAGGCUUGCGAGUGUCCCGAUGAAAGCCUGUAUUAAACCUUAUAGGUCUGAAUAAUGCAGUUAGGGUUGUGAGCUGUUGCACAUAUUCUCCUUUUUUUUUUACAUGCUGAUUACUUAUAGCACAGCAGUCAUUUAUUUAGGAUCAGUGGGGUGGUGAUGACUUUUAAUGAGUUUUUAUUGUUCAAAUGAAAAAAAAAAAAGAAUAAUAAUUGGGACACUGAACCCCUUUCUAUGCUUGUACUACUAUUAUUAUUAUUAUUAUUAUUAUUAUUAUUAUUAUAGAGCUUAACAUUUGUAUGCAAAAACAGAAUUUUCUAUUUAUCUUUAAGCUAUCAACUUUCAUGUGUGGUAAUUUAUGUAUGAAUAAUUAUCAAUUUCAUCUUAAUUUUACAUUGUAUAGCUGAACCAACAGAUAAGGGGUGUGCAAUUAUUCUUACUGUUUGUUUAAAUGUUGGACUAUGUGGUAUGUAUGGUCAAUUUGACUGUACUCUUUUUCCACUCUUUACCACUUUUCUCAAUGAAGAUGACUUUGUAUGGAGAAGAGAUAA